AUGAAUUCUUCGCUAGCUACAACGCCAUUGCCACCAUGUACACCAUCAAACGUUUCAGCAAGCGGCAUGUUAUAUAAUUCAACGAGUACAACUGCUUUUGACUACAAAUGUUUCGCAUAUUAUUUUCAAGCAAUAUUAACUAAUCAUACAUUAUCAUUCAGUUUCAAAAAUCCAUCUACGACCUACUGGUUAGAUGACGUAUCAGUUUAUCAUGGAUCUAUUCAAACGAUUACAAAUGGUGGAUUUGAGUUAGGUUCUAGCGGCUGGACAAGUGCAUCAUGUUUAGUGAUAGGUGGAACUUGUUAUGUUUCCAGCAGUAAUCCGCAUACAGGUCUUUAUUCAUUGCACGCUAGUAGUACUACACUGAUAUCCAUAAAUCAAACAUUCAAUGCUAUAAUCGGUGAUUUGUAUGUUAUUAGUUUUUGGCUCGGAAAUACCGGUGGAACGGGAUGUCUAGUUAAUAUAAGGAUUCUUUAA